AUGCACAAUAAGGUUGCCAACUUAUUAGAAGUAUAUGAAACCAUUAAGGUUCAAUACGAAAGCUUAGAUUACAAAAAUGAAAGUGAUCAAUAUAAGCAAAUAGACAAUAGAAUCUUCAAAAUUCAGCAAGAUAUAAAUAUAGCAAGAGAUAAAUUGGAAGAAUAUAAUGACAUCAAGAAAAAAUUUGCAGAAAUGUAUAACUUAUUAGAAGAAAUUAAUGAAAUUAAUGAUCAAUUAUGGGGAUUUACUGACUAUAGUGUAAAAGAAGUUCCUUACUCUUGA